CGGCACCAGCCGGACAGUGAAUAGCGUCGCACUUAGGCGCGAGUCCUCGUCGCGGUUGCGUCGAUUAGCUUCAAACGUCUUCAACUUCCCGUUCUUCAACGUCCAACAUCAUAAAGCUCAUCGAUGGGAAAAUCAAGCGUGAGACUGUGCCUGCUGGCUGUCCUGAUCCUCGCGAUGGACGUCCACGUGAACGCAAAGAUUCUGUCAGAGUGCGACGCCGUUCGCGAGCUCCAACGAGCUCGGAUCUCGAGGAGCCUCAUCAGCAACUGGGUGUGCUUGAUGCAGAGCGAGAGUGGGUUGAACACCCAGCUGGUCACUGGCCCGAAGACAGCCUCCAGCUUCAGCUACGGCAUCCUUCAGAUCAACAGCUCCAAAUGGUGCACCAGAGGACGACGCGGAGGACUCUGCAACAAGCGCUGCGAGGACUUCACCAACGACGACAUCCAGGACGACAUCGCGUGCGCGAAGAUCAUCUACGAUCAGGAGGGGUUCAAGGCGUGGGACGGAUGGCUGAAGAGGUGCAAGAGCAAACCCCUUCCUAAUAUCGGGAACUGCGCGAAAAAGUGACGAGUAGUAUUCGAAACGUUUUUGUAUUGUUGUUAUCAGCUUGGUUGACACUAUAAGUACUAUUCAGGGAUAGUCCACAAUAUUCCGAGAGGAUUUUUUACGUUAAGAGCAUUUUUUGACUGAAGAUUGAUGCAUUCCCACAGAAUAUUUCGUUGCCAGAGUAUUUCGUUGCAUCGUCGAUCUAUUUGUAAUUAGCUUGAUUUUCUCUGUUUUAUAAUUGAUGUUUAAUGAUGCGUUGCUUUUUUGUUGAAAUAUAUUUUAUUGAAUUAAAUUUGCCAUAAGAUGAGAAAUAUGUCUGUUUUAUACUGGAUUUUUAAUAAUGCUUCAUUGUUUUGGUGGGAAUAUAUUUUACAGAAUUAAAUUUGUCAUAAGAUGAGAAAUAUGUCUGUACGUCUUCUAUAGUGGAUUUUUAAUAAUUCUUUAUUUUUUGGGUAGAAAUUUAUUUUACAGAAUUAAAUUUGCCACAAGAUAAGAAAUAUGUAUACACUGGAUUUUUAAUAAUGCCUCAUUGUUUUGGCGGGAAUAUACUUUACAGAAUUAAAUUUGCCAUACGAUAAAAAAUAUGUCUGCACGU